AUGGCAAAGGCUCAUAACGUCUCAACAGCAGCACGAGAUUCAAGACUCGCUGAUGAAGAAUCCAAACAGCGCUUUACAUAUAGCGCUACCAAGAUUAUCGGUAAUGGCAGCUUUGGUACAGUUUAUCAAUCUUCUGUAAAUGAAACAGGCGAAACUGUUGCAAUCAAAAAAGUCUUCCAAGACAAAAGAUAUAAAAACCGUGAGCUCGCUAUAAUGAAAGAGCUUAGCCACCCGAAUAUCAUAGAGUUGAGCCGAAAAAUAAAAAAGAUAGGCUUUUUCAUGCUGCCUUUUUACCUUCAAAAAUGAAGGAGGUUUUUUUUUCCAUGAAAAAGCCUCAAUGGUUUUUAAAAAGUAUACCGGAAAAAAAUCUACCUGUUCAGGUAAAUAAUAUUUGAAAAGUAUUUUAUUAAAUCUAAUAUUUUUAGUGGAGAUUUAGCCCUUAAAGAUCUAAUAUAUAAAACUUGCUUCAAUCUUAAUUUUAAACCUUAAAAAUCUAAGUCAAAUGAAGAAAAAAAUUGCAUUAUAUCUUCACCAAUAUAUUUUUGGCUAUAAAUUUUUUUAUCCAAAAAUCGCAUGAAAAAUCACUAAUAAAAAAUUUAAAAAUUUAUAUUAGCUAUAAUAGAAAGCUCUAAAUGACUGCUAAUUUAAGAUUUAGACUUAUCUCGCAAAUUAAUUUUAAUUAAUAAAUAUUGCACAUCUGUAACUAUAAUAAAUAAUCAUGGAUAUAUGUGAUGAAAAUAUUUAAUCAAAAAUGACAGGAAAAUGUGAAAGUUUUUUCAUAUCGAUUUUGCUUUAAGCUUCCUUACACACAUUAUUAGUUUCCUUAUGAGUUAGAGUUUUGCCAGUUAAUAAAUCCAAAUAUAUUUCUAGGAAAGUUAAAAUCUUGAAUUAUUAGCCGGAUAGAGCUUUAUAAUUAUAGCUGAUAUAUGAAUUUUAUAAUUUUUAUUAGGAUUUUUUCAAGCGAUUUUUGGAUAAAAAAAAUUUGUGGUUAACUGGUUAAGGCAACUAAGUUUGAAGCAAGCGCCGGAGACGAGCAGCCUUAACCUCAGUGACAGGUGACCUUAUGUAUACUGGGAGUGGAUUUUGAUCUGUGAUUAUGAUCCAGCUAUAAUCAGUAUCCCCAAAGCGAGGGAUAUGAGACAGGAAACCGCUGCUUUUGGUCCUGAAUCCAUUAGUUAAAUGCAAAAUCUUUUUGCCAGAAGCGCCCGGUCCAGCGGAUGCCCAAUAUGAGGAAGGGCGACAUGCCCACUUAAGCUGUUACUGUGGCUUGCCCCGAACGGCGAAAGCUGUUGAGUUAUUUCUCGGGAUGACCUGAAAAGAGGAGAACCAAGCUAGACGACAAACUGGAGUCCGUCCAGUUGAAAAUGGUUGCUCAAGCAACAGCCUGGCUAGGAGCAAUAGCAGGGUUGACGCAAAAACUUGGCGACGUCGAAGGGUUGGAAAUGGAGGCGGCCAGCAAAGCUAGUGAAUGGUUCAAGACCAUUACCUCAACUGAGAAGCCGGAGGUUCCGGCCCAAGCUCAAGACGGCUAUGCUCUGCCACCACCCCACAGGACUUCACUGCGGAACGCGCGUGACAACUAAAAGCGGACUUAAAACAACUACUAAAUCUUAUCUAAUCAAAACUGAAGCAAGUCUUUAUAUAUUAGAUCUUAUAGGCAAAUCUCCACCUAAAAUAAUUAGAUCUUAAUAAAAUACUUUUCAAAAUCAGAUAGAUUUUUUCGUAUACUUCUUGAAAAGCCAUUGAGGUUUUUUGCUGGUAAAAUACGGAAAAAAACCCUCCAUCAUUUUUGAUGGUAAACGGCAGCAUGAAAAAACCUAUCUUUUUUCCUGAUGACCCAAUAUCAUAGGGGGCUCCGGCACUAUUUUUACACAAAAGGUGACAAAGAUGACGAAGUCUACCUAAAUCUCGUGAUGGAUUUCAUUCCUGACACAAUUUAUAAAGUCAUGAAAACUUAUAAUAAGCAAGGUGAACAAAUGCCUUUGAUCUUUGUAAAGCUUUACACUUAUCAACUUUUAAGGGCUCUAGCCCACACUCACGCUGUAGGAAUUUGCCAUAGAGACGUAAAACCUCAAAACAUGCUGGUAAACUCUACAACGCAUGAGCUGAAAUUAUGCGAUUUUGGAAGUGCUAAAAGACUUAUUCCUGGAGACCAGAAUGUGUCUUAUAUAUGUUCGAGGUAUUAUAGAGCACCUGAGCUUAUUUUUGGGGCUGUUGAAUAUAAAGAGUCUAUUGACAUAUGGAGCGCAGGAUGUGUUACUGCUGAACUAUUAAUUGGGAAGCCUAUUUUUCCAGGUGAAAGUGGGGUUGAUCAAUUGGUAGAAAUCCUUAAAGUGCUUGGAACACCGACAAGGGAACAAAUUCAUGAUAUGAAUCCUAAUUAUACUGAAUUUAAAUUCCCACAUGUAAAAGUGCAGACAUGAAGUAGGAUUUUGGGGCCAAAUGUGCCUCAAGAUGCGAGAAAUUUUGUAAGCUCUUUGCUGGUCUAUUCUCCUCAGAGAAGACCUAAUGCUUUAGAGGCGCUUUUGCAUCCGUUUUUUGAGGAAUUAAGACAAGAAACAACGAGGCUUCCAGAUGGAAGUAGCCUGCCAGAUUUAUUUAAUUGGACUCCACAGGAGCUGAGGUCAGUAAACCCCAGUGUGAUUCAAAAUUUAACACCUUCAUGGUAUAGAAGAUAA